CCAAGCCCAAUCUUAUUCUCUCAAUGAGUCCAUAUAACAAAGGUUUUAUCACAAACCCUAAUUUUCACAUUGCUGCGAAAUCUGCAAGUGCUCCCACUCCACUCUUUGCUGCAGAUCUCUCCGGUGCUUGCAUCUCGUCUAGUUUCUGAAGAUGUACACAUCAAGGAAGAAAAUCCACAAAGAUAAGGAUGCUGAGCCUACUGAAUUUGAGGAAACAGUUGGGCAGGCAUUGUUUGAUCUGGAAAAUACCCAUCAGGAGCUUAAAAGUGAUUUGAAGGAUUUAUACAUCAAUUCAGCAGUACAAGUUGAUGUUUCUGGGAACCGCAAGGCUGUUGUUAUCCAUGUGCCGUACAGAUUGAGGAAAGCUUUCAGGAAGGUUCAUGUUAAGCUUGUCAGGGAGCUUGAGAAGAAGUUUAGUGGCAAGGAUGUAAUUUUGAUUGCCACUCGGAGGAUAUUGAGGCCACCAAAGAAAGGUUCAGCUGCUCAACGUCCCCGCACCCGUACCCUCACCGCUGUUCAUGAAGCAAUGCUGGAGGAUGUCGUAUUGCCUGCUGAGAUUGUUGGGAAACGUGUGAGGUAUCGAGUUGAUGGAUCCAAGAUUAUGAAGGUUUUCUUGGACCCAAAGGAACGAAACAACACUGAGUACAAGCUGGAGACUUUUGCCGCAGUGUACAGGAAGCUGUCUGGCAAAGAUGUUGUGUUUGAGUAUCCCAUCACAGAGGCUUAGUUUCAAUUCCUUUCUCAGCUUUGAAUUUGUUCUAGAGUUGCAUAUGGUGUCUGCUGGCUAAAAUUUUGUCUGAAUAAUUUCCUUUUAUGCUGGAUUUCUUUUUUGAUUUUUUAAGCACCAGGGACUGGUUUCAUCAUUCGGAUGAGUUUUACUUUUCUUAUAAAUUUCAGGUUCUUUUCGUAAAA